CCCGGGCCGCGGUCUCCCCCUGGCCCACCGCUCCAGCAUCCUCUCUGUGGGCUGUGCACCAACUGUGCACCCACCAUUUCACUGUGGACACUACUCCCUCUUACCGAUAUGGGAGACAUGGGCGAUCCACCAAAAAAAAAACGUCUGAUUUCCCUAUGUGUUGGUUGCGGCAAUCAAAUUCACGAUCAGUAUAUUCUGCGGGUUUCUCCGGAUUUGGAAUGGCACGCGGCGUGUUUGAAAUGCGCGGAGUGUAAUCAGUAUUUGGAUGAGAGCUGUACGUGCUUUGUUAGAGAUGGGAAAACCUACUGUAAGAGAGACUAUAUCAGGUUGUACGGGAUCAAAUGCGCCAAGUGCAGCAUCGGCUUCAGCAAGAACGACUUCGUGAUGCGCGCCCGCGCCAAGGUGUACCACAUCGAAUGCUUCCGCUGCGUGGCCUGCAGCCGCCAGCUCAUCCCCGGCGACGAGUUCGCGCUGCGCGAGGACGGGCUCUUCUGCCGCUGGGGGCCUCGUUCACAGAACAUCCAGGGGAUGACAGGAACUCCCAUGGUGGCCGCCAGUCCCGAGAGGCACGACGGUGGCUUGCAGGCCAACCCUGUGGAGGUGCAGAGUUACCAGCCGCCGUGGAAAGUACUGAGUGACUUCGCCUUGCAGAGUGACAUAGAUCAGCCUGCUUUUCAGCAACUGGUCAAUUUCUCCGAGGGAGGACCGGGCUCGAACUCCACCGGCAGCGAAGUGGCCUCCAUGUCCUCGCAGCUCCCGGACACCCCCAACAGCAUGGUGGCCAGCCCCAUCGAGGCCUGAGGACACUCAUGCAGAUGCAUUUUUUCCCUGUUGGAGACAGUGGGAGCCCAUCCGUUGAACUCCGAAACACGAGUAUUUAACGACCCAGUCCAUGGAAACUGAAUUGAGGAAAUGAAUGCUCCAUGAAAUGCACGAAGUCUGUUUUAAUGACAAGGUAAUAUGGUAGCAACACUGUGAAGACAAUCAUGGGAUUUUACUAGAAUGAAAACAAACAACAAAGCAAAACCUGAACCCAACACACGCUAUCCAGUGACCUUAGGAGGACUGAGGAAAAAAAAAAAAGACGUUUUUAAAACGUAGAGGAUUUAUAUUCAAGGAUCUCAAAAAAAAAAAAAGCGCUUUCAUUUCACUGCCCAUCUAGAGAGAAGCAGACGUAGCAAUGUUUCUAGUCCACCCUGCGCUGAAUGGUGCUGUUUCUAUGUUGGUCCCCGGCUUUGCCAAACAGGAGCCGCAGGAGGAGCGGCUGAAAGGCCCUUUCAGGAGAGGGCGCUGGUCGGCGAGGUUUCCAGUUGACUUAACAAGGGGUUAAUUGAAAGCCUGGGUUUCUUAGCAUGUCCCUUUUUUUUUCCUUUGGCCCCUUCUCCCCCGCCUCCUCUUUUUUUGAGAUCCAUCCUCUAUCAAGAAGUCUGAAGCGACUUUAAAGGUUUUUGAAUCCAGAUUUAAAAACCGACUUAUAAAGCAUUGCAACAAGGUUACCUCUAUUUUGCCACAAAGCGUCUCUCGGGAUUGUGUUUGACUCUCCUGUCUGUCCAAGAACUUUCCCCCCAAAGAUGUGUAUAGUUAUCGGUUAAAAUGACUGUUUCUCUCUCUCUCUCUCUCUCUCUCUCUCUCUCUCUCUCUCUCUCUGGAAAUAAAGAGGAAAAGAAA